AAUCGCCCCAUGUAUCACUAUUUUAAAUUGGCACGAAAGCCCGUAGUUAUCGGUGAGACUUUCCCUUGUUAAGAAACGAAACAGAGUGACGCUAAAUACUUGUUUUUGCUGCGAAUUCUUCUUCACCGACUCCUUUCCAUUAGGUGUUUCUACUCUCCAAUUCGAAAUUCUAAAAGAAAACAGAAAUGGCUCGCAACGAAGAAAAGGCUCAAUCGAUGCUCAAUCGAUUUAUAGCAUUAAAAGAACAGGAAAAGAAGAAACCCAAAGAGCGCCGCCCCUACCUAGCCUCCGAAUGCCGGGACCUUGCCGAGGCAGACAAAUGGCGCCAGCAGAUAAUGCGAGAGAUUGGGCGCAAAGUCGCCGAAAUCCAGAACGAAGGCCUUGGCGAGCACCGUCUCCGUGACUUAAACGACGAGAUCAACAAGCUCAUUCGAGAAAAAUCACACUGGGAACGUCGCAUCGUUGAACUCGGCGGACCGAACUAUGCGAAACAUGCCCCGAAGAUGACAGAUUUAGAAGGCAAUAUAAUUGACGUCCCUAACCCUAGCGGCCGUGGUCCUGGGUACCGUUACUUUGGUGCAGCCAAGAAGCUACCGGGUGUUCGAGAAUUGUUCGAGAAGCCACCAGAAUUGAGAAAAAGGAGGACUAGAUAUGAUAUUUAUAAAAGAAUUGAUGCGAGUUAUUAUGGCUACAGAGAUGAUGAGGAUGGGGUUUUGGAGAAAGUGGAGGCGCCUGCGGAGGCGACAAUGAGGGCGGUGGCUGUGGAGGAGUGGAGGAGGAUGGAUGAAAUAAGGAGGGAAGCAAGUAAAGGAGCAAAAGAAGUGGUGAGCGUUGGAGCUGUUGCAACUGAGGUGUUGUUUGAGGAGGAGGAAGAUGUGGUGGAGGAGGACAGGAAGAGGGAAAGGGAGAAGGAGGAAAGGGAGAGAAAGGAAAAGGAGAGGGAGUUUGUGGCCCAUGUGCCAUUGCCAGAUGAGAAAGAGAUUGAGAGGAUGGUUGUGGAGAAGAAGAAGAUGGAGUUAUUGAGUAAGUAUGCUAGCGAUUCAUUGCAGGAGGAGCAGAGUCAGGCCAAGGCCAUGCUUAACAUUCAGAGUUAGAGAUAAUUGGUGCAAGAUAUGCUGUCAAUAAUGUGCUCUUCAGUGAUUGAGAAUGAAUGGACAAACUCUCUAUAUAUUUUCAGAUGUGCCCCUAUUAGACUUUUAGCUUUAUCCUUUUGUGGAACUUAAAGUAGUUUGUGGGUCAACGUGCGAGAUUGUGCUCCUGAUGGAAAAUGAACAUUAUACUGCUUUUAGUUUACUGAAACAAAAUCUUGCAAUAGUAGAAAUGGAUUUUGAACCCAAAAUGGUCUAGAAGCCAAUGGGUAUUUCCAAAAAUUGGAGGGCAGAUCAAAUGUAGUGGCUACUGCAAUGGUUCAGAAGCUAUUCCUGCAGUCUAAGCGCAGGCCCUUGUGGCGGAUAAUAUUUUCAUCUUACAUUAUAAGUAGAGUUUCAACAUUUUGAGAACCUGAUAUGUGAUUAUAUGCGGCAAAGUAUGUAGCUCUAUGUUAGAACCAUUAUACUGGCCUGCCAAGCUAAAAAGGUGGUUCUGGUUUUUGCUCUUGUACCUAAGAAUGUAUGUUUAUGAGGAUUGGAUUAUUAGUUAUGCUUUGCUGUUAGGUCAUAACUCGUUAACAAUGUACUUGUGAGAUAAAUAUGAUCAAGGUUGCUCGACCUUUGAGACCUA